AUGCCAAACUUCGAGUUUGAUUCAAAAGACGACGACCUUCCGAAUUUACGAUCGCCAAACGAACGAGAAAAGCGCAAUUUUUAUACCACAUCUGAACACAAGGAAAGCAAGAUGCCAGGCAAAGUUUCUAGCAGGAGCUCGAGGACAUCGGGUUCAGGGGCUCGCAAGUCAUCCACGGCGGAACCAAGUAGUCGCCGAUCUGCUGCUGCCAAAGUUUCAGCACCUUUUGUUGAAAUUCCAGAAGAGACACCAGAGAACGAAUUGCGAACGCAAAUAUCAUCCAUAUUUCGGGAUUCGCAAAGAAAUACCGCAUCACACAGAAAAUUGGUUGUUAAUCUGCGCAAGAUACAGGAGGCGUGUUGCUAUGAGCCUACCAGCAAGAAGAAUAAGACUGGCGCGGAGGAUUUUGAUGAGGGGGAAUUUACAUAUGAAUUCACAAGAUGCGUCCUAAGAGUGAUGCCAAUUAAGAAGAGUGAGAGCGUUGGAGAGAAGGCGAUUCGAUUCAUUGGACUAUUCUUGAGACAUGCCAAUAAGAAGGACAAUGAAAUGACCCCAGCAAAUGAAGAGGAGGAUGGAGUCUUGGUCGAAACACCAAGUACGAGACUAACGAGUCACCUCAUGUCGACUAUAUUACCACUUUUGACGGCCAAAGAGAAGUUCGUACGAUUUAGAUCUACACAGCUGAUCUCCCAUGUCAUAAAUUCUCUCGACUCAAUUGAUAACGAUCUCUUUCAGCAACUCCGACAUGGACUCUUGCGCAGAAUUCACGAUAAAGAGGCGAUGGUGAGAGUACAGGUCGUUCUGGGCCUUGGCAGAUUAGCUGGGAAUGAAGCAGAAGGGGAUGCGGAUGAAAGUGACGAUGAAUCGUCGGGAGGCUUGCUUGUAAAAUUAUUAGCGGUUUUGCAAAAUGACCCCAGUGCCGACGUACGAAGGUCUCUUUUGAUCAAUCUGCCAAUAUUACCCAAUACGCUUCCUUACCUGCUAGAAAGAGCUAGAGAUCAAGAUCCUGCGACUCGUCGGGCACUCUAUUCUCGACUUUUACCAGCACUUGGAGAUUUCCGACAUUUGUCGCUGUCGAUGCGCGAAAAAUUACUACGAUGGGGUCUUCGUGAUCGAGACGAAAACGUUCGCAAAGCAGCGGGCAGGCUUUUCCGAGAACGCUGGAUUGAGGAUUGUAUGGCAUCAGCCGCAGUCGAGACUGCGGAAGGUGAGGCUGUCGAAGAAAGUAAGGUGCCAAACAUGGAAGCGCUAUUGGAGCUUCUUGAAAGAAUCGACGUUGUUAAUUCUGGAGUCGAAAACGGGGUUGCGCUAGAAGCGAUGAAAGGCUUUUGGGAAGGACGACCCGAUUUCCGAGAUGCUGUCACAUUUGAUGAUCACUUCUGGGACACUUUAUCGGCCGAAGCUGUGUUUAUGGCUAGAAGUUUCAAUGACUUUUGCCGGAACAAUGGCAAUAGCAAGUAUGAGGAUUUGAUCGAGGAGAAAAUGCCCGAGGUUACGAAACUCGCGUUUUACCUUCAGAGGUAUACCGCAGUUUUGGUAGAGGCUUUAAAGAGUAUUGCGACACAGGAGAUUACAGAGGAUGUGGCCGAAGAAGAAGACACGGUAGAGCAAGAAUUUAUUGUCGAACAACUACUCCACAUUGCUCGAACCUUAGAUUAUUCAGAUGAAGUUGGACGAAGGAAAAUGUUCACGCUUCUAAGACAACACUUGGCGAUUCCUGAUCUACCCGAGGAAGUCACUAAAUUAACCGUGGAAGUCCUUAGGGGGAUUUGUGCCGCAACUCCCGCAGGUGAAAGGGAAUUCUGUAGUAUUGUUCUGGAGGCUGUUGCCGAUGUUCACGAUACGGUCAUGGAUGAACAGGACUUCGAAGAUGCGGAAGAAAGCUUCCAUUCUACAAGGUCUGAAGUUAGUGACGAUGACAAACCUGCUAGACGUGGUAAGAAAAAGGCUCCGAUGACAGAGGAAGAAGAGCAAGAAAAGGCGGUCCAUGAGAUUAUGGUCAACAUGAAAUGCUUACAAAUUGUGCAAUGUAUGCUUGAGAAUGUUGAAGGAAGUCUCAAGGAGAACACGGAUCUUGUAGCUAUGCUAAACAACCUUGUCGUACCAGCUGUGCGCAGCCACGAAGCACCUGUCCGAGAACGCGGUCUACUCUGUAUUGGUCUCUGUUCGCUUCUUGACAAGUCUUUGGCCGAGGAGAAUCUCGCCCUUUUCAUACACUUCUUCAGCAAAGGCCACUCCGCUCUUCAAAUUACUGCCCUGCAGAUCUUGACCGAUAUGCUCAAUCAGCAUGGCGCUCAACUCCUGGAAUCGAAUCCUACUAUUUUGACAAAGGUCUAUCUAAAGGCUUUGAAAUCGGGAGCCAAAGAUCCCGAGGUCCAGGCAGCAGCUACCGUCGCCGUUUCCAAGCUUCUGCUAGGGCGUGUAAUUACAGAUGCCUCUCCCGCGAUCGAUGAUCUUUUGAAGACAUUGGUCGUUCUUUACUUUGAUCCAAGCACAGCUCACAACCAAGGUGUCCGUCAGACACUGACUUAUUUCCUACCAGUCUACUGUUAUAGCAGAGCGGAAAACCAAGACCGAAUGCGCGGUGUGGCACUAGAUGCAAUGCACAAAUUAUUCGAAACACAAGAUGAUGACGAAGAUGCUGAGGCUGAAAUGGUUGGCCUUGGAACAAUCGGUGCGCAUUUGGUUGAUUGGACUGAUCCUAGAAAAUGCUACGUUCCUGGAAAUCAACUCACGUUGUCUGAUGAGGCGGCGAAAAAGGCAGUCAAUGGAGAUGUUCAUCUUGACUUUGCUAUGGAUAUUUUGGAGAGGUUAAAUUCUUCUAUGAGACUGGAAGAAAAGAAAACUCUCACACCUCUUCUCGCCAAACUUCACAUUUCGCCCGCUUCAUCCGAGGAUAAGCUUCGCGCCACAUACGAGGAGAUUAGCGAGGCCGUCGAAAACAAAAAGCUAGGACUAGAUGCGACUGGUAGAAAUGCCUUGUUCAAGAUACAUGUUACCCUUGGUAAAAUUGUAAAUGCUCUCGCGGAAAAAGAUGUGAGAGAGGAAAGUGUAUUGCAAGGAAGUGUGAUGAGAGAAAGUGUGUUGGGAGAAAGUGUAAGGGGCGAGAGUGCCCCACUUGAUGCUAGUGUAGGAAGCAAUGGAAGUAGAGCUGGGAGUCUUGGUGUCCAAAAGACCCGAGGUCCGGAAGUGAUAAUGAAGAAUCCAAUCAAAGUGGAAAGCAUAGAAGAGAAUGAAAAAGAAAAAGUAAAAGAUGAAGCAGAAGCAAAAGCAGAAGCAGAAGCAGAAGACGAAAGCGAAGGAACGAUUGUUGCAGACCAAGAGGGAACGAUUGUUCCCACCAACGAGGAGGAAUCGUUAUUGGAACAGCAAUUGCAGGAUAGUUUAGUCGAUAGUCUGCUGGAUGAUGAUGGGGAUAUAGAGAUGGGGAUGUAG